UAUGUAUCAAAGAGUUCAUGAACCUUUAUUUUAACGUAGAUUCUAAUUAUUUUUUUUCCUUAAUUCAUUUUUUUCAUAAAAGAAUCUACGUAUGCCAUGUGACGUUUCCAUGGACAAACCUGCUAUUUUUAUAAUAAAUUAUAUUUUGAAUCCUAAUCAAACAGCUAAUGAAAAUUUAAUUGUAUUCUAAUCUGGGGAAAAAUUGAGAGGGCGAUAUUGGAAAGGAGUUAGCGCAGACAGUAAGUUAGUAGAGUGGAGCGAACAGAAUAGGUUAAAUGAGGCGCACGAGAUCAAAAUAACAUUGAGUGAAAAACACGAUUGCUCCAAAUAAUUUAAGUUUAGAUUUAUACAUAUAAUAUAAACUGGAAUCUUUUGAACCCCAGUUCGAAUGAGAACAAAUAUGACGCAAUGUAAAUACGCAUUUCCUGAUAGAAGACGCGCAAAUGCCAUUUAAGUUUGCUUUUACUUGUAUGUACAGUUACUUGUAUGUACGUUGUGUAUUUACAGUAUUCACUAGCCACCAAGAGUUCUCGUUAGUUUUGAAUGAAGAUGGGGAUCGGAAUUAUAUACUUUGUUUUCGUUUUGAUGUGCAUAAUACCAAGUGAAAUAACAGAGGGUAUAUGUAUUCACAAGUGGAGAAAUGGACGAUUGGUUUCUGAAGGUGAUUGUAAAGAACCCGACGCAGAAGAAAACCAAAUAAAAACAACAUCUUGUGGAGAGGCUCAGUCAAAAGACGCAAAAAUAUGGAAUGGAACAGGCGGAGUUUUUGACAUUUAUCCAGAGUUCAAUAAAAUAGAAGUUUAUUGUGAUCUAACAACCGAAUGUGGUGGAUGGCUGGUGUUUCAACGUCGCAUGAAUGGCCAAGUCAAUUUUUAUCGCGUUUGGAAUGAAUACGUGAAUGGAUUCGGAGACUCUGCCGGCGAACAUUGGCUCGGGCUUGAUAUCUUGCAUAAUCUAACUUCAAGUAGAAACUAUGAACUUCGCAUCGACAUGGCCGAUUGGGAUGGAAACAAACGCUAUGCGAAGUAUUCAAACUUCCGAGUAGGAAAUGCUCAAUCAUCUUACACACUCAACGUCAGUGGAUACUCUGGAAAUGCUGGCGAUUCGUUUACUGAGCACAAUGGAUUCAAAUUCAGUACAAAGGACAGGGAUUUUGAUACUAACGAAUUCGGGAAUUGCGCAGUUGCCUACAGAGGUGCUUGGUGGUAUGGUGCUUGUCACAGGUCCAAUCUUAAUGGUCAUUACUUUGUAGGAGGACACCAUGACUCUUAUGGAGAUGGCGUAGAGUGGUUUGCGUGGAAAAACCAUGAAUAUUCAUUGAAAUUCACAGAAAUGAAAAUAAGAAUAAAAGUAUAGGGGUAUGUGAAUGUUCUAUAAACAUUUCAACAUUCAUACAAAAUCUUUUUAUUGUUGUUUAGAAAGAAGCAAAGUUUAUAUUAUUGCUAAAUAUUGUUUCAAAUAUAUAUAUAAAAUACUUUUAUCCAACACGAAGAAAACACAUUUCAAUUUAUUUUCCAUUUAAACUUUCAUCCAGUAAACAAACCCAUAUGUUUGCGAAAUAUUACGAUUUUACUCUGAAAUGAUUUUUUAAAUUUCGCUUUAUCCUUGGUUUUUAUUCAUGUUUUAUUAUGCACGUUAUUUUAUAUCCACAUUAGUGAUUUUAUUAUAAUAAUUAAGUAAAAUAAUAAUACAUGACAUUAGAUUUUAAACUAUUAAUUUCAUCAAUUACACGACGAAUAUUAGUUUUUUCAUUCUAAUUUGACAACGGUAGCGGCAGAAUGUGGUAACAAGACGGUAAUUCGGGAAUGACAUUAUUGAGUUCGGAUAAAAAAAAAUUUUUUUUAAAUUUAUUGUGACAAUGGAUAUAUAUCUGUAUGUAUGCUUUUCAUUUAUUUGUUUUUGGUUGACAAAUCAAUAAAUCUAUCUAUCUAUAAAUAGACGAAAAUAAUUCGUUUUGAACGGAAACAGUCAUUAGAGGCAAUAAUGCUUACUAAGAUGCUUGACACACUUUACUAAUAGUUGGGAUCACACUUGGUGGCAACUACCCUGCGUUUGUUCGCAUGCUCGUAUUUUGCGUGAGGAAGAAUUAUUGUAGCCUUCUCGCUCGUUAUUACUGCUCACUCGCCCAUCGAAAUAAUCGUAGUUCGCCACAUAAUUUAACCAUCAUAUCACCAUUUUCAUCCCCUGGUAUAGAUAUGUAAAUCAUCGCCCUA